AGGGUCUCCCAAGCUGAGAAGGAGUUUGACGUUUCCGGUUUCCCGGAUGCCCAGCUAAGAGAGGGCAUGCCAGAAGCGCCACCGUCUGGCUCAUUCAAGUCGCUAGGUGGCACAUGUCUCUCUGAAGGUCAGCGACCUGUGGUGAAAGCAUGGCAGGGCCCUGGCAAGGCACUCCAUCCCUGCAUCCGGAUCACAUCUACGGCGUCAAUGUCAUCGAGACCAGUGUCAGGUUGCACAGGACUCCAUGGAUUUCGGACCGAAAGGAUACGUCAACGACUCGCCAUGGAGACUGUCUCAUGCUCUGCACCUACAACGCCAGGACAGUUUCCACCAAGGCCGAUCUUCAAGCGCUUCUCGAAGCUGCAAGGCGCAUUAACUACCACGUAA